UUCCGCCAUUUUGUUUUGAAUUGUUCAGAGAGCUAUUCAACAUUAUUUUAUCGAGUAUUUCCCCUUCUUCAUCGGAAAUAUACUGUAAAAGAUAUAUUUUAUAACUAUUGACGAGUAGAAAGCAGUCUGAGAAUCUUAGCUGGGUUUCUUAGAAUAAUAUKUUUCCAUCCUCAAGUAUUCCCAUGAACAAAAGAUCAAGAAAAAGCUAACAGUUGUGAGGAGAAAAGAAAAACAAGGACAGAAAUAUGCCGACGACUGUCAAUUUUGGCAUAAGAGAUGUAUGGAAAGAUAAUCUCGAAGAAGAGUUUGCAAAAAUUCGCGAAAURGUGGUAGAUUAUCCUUUUGUUGCAAUGGACACCGAGUUCCCUGGAGUUGUUGCAAGGCCUAUUGGUGAAUUUAAGAGUACUUCAGAGUAUCAAUUCCAGUUGUUAAGGUGCAAUGUAGAUUUAUUAAAGAUCAUUCAAUUGGGGAUGUCAUUCUAUAAUGAACAAGGACAACAACCAUCUGAUGGAGCGACAUGGCAGUUCAAUUUUAAAUUCAAUCUUACGGAGGAUAUGUAUGCUCAGGACUCUAUUGACUUGCUAAAUAGAUCAGGUAUACAGUUUAAAAAGCACGAAGAGGAUGGAAUUGAUGUGAAUGACUUUGCUGAGCUUCUCAUAACUUCUGGACUUGUAUUACAAGAUGAGGUCAAAUGGCUAUCAUUUCAUAGUGCCUAUGAUUUCGGUUACCUUAUCAAACUUCUGACAGCYCAGAAUCUAGCAUCUGAAGAAUCUGAUUUCUUUGAUAUGCUCAAGUUGUACUUUCCCAACAUAUAUGAUGUCAAGUAUUUAAUGAAAAGCUGUAAAAGUCUAAAAGGAGGCCUUCAAGAAGUUUCAGAACUAUUAGAGCUUGAAAGAGUUGGACCCCAGCAUCAAGCAGGCAGUGAUUGUUUAUUGACUGGAAAUUCAUUUUUCAAAAUGAGAGAGAUGUUUUUUGAAGACAAUAUUGAUGACAGUAAAUACUGUGGCCAUCUCUUUGGACUAGGAAAUUCAUUUGUAAAUGGUGGYCAAGCAUACAGUGGACCGUCACUCAAUCCAUGAACUGUAGAUAAUACCUUAAGUAUUUAUACCUACAUUGUUAAUAUCAGACUAUUUUUAAUGCAACUGCAAAGCAAUCAAUUCUUACCAGUCAAGGGGAUCUGUACAACAAUUCUUUCAAACGAUUCAAUAUUUUUAAGAAAAAAAAGGCAUUUAUUCUGUUUCUGUUUUAAUGUUUUGUUUUGGUUUCUUUUUGUGCAAACUCCUUUUUUGAACAUUGGACAGUUUUUAACAACUCAAACGUUUGUGGAUUGGCCAUAAUUAUCACUAAACUAAACAAAGAACUUUGAAAUUCAGAGAUGUAACAAAAUGUGUAAGGCAUUGAAAUCGUCUAAAAUAACAUUUCUCAAAUAUUCUUAUCAAUCAGAUCCUUUUCUUUCUUGAUGCACACUUUAAGAUUGCUUUGAUUUAUUUUAACCAUAGUUUUAUUUAGAGUAUGUUUAUAACCAACUGGGAAAGUAUCUGAAAUAAAGUUUUUAAAUAUUGUGCAUAAAAA